UUCUCCGUUCUUUCUCAUUGAGCAAGCAUACGAUCCCUGCCUCUUCGGCGUUUGCAUUCGGAUCAAUCUCCCCCACUGCGGUCACCAUCGGUUCUAAUGCAGCGAGAAAUUUGGCGAUUUCGAUGAGCCCUUGGCUGUCAUUUGAAGAUGAGAAUGAGAUUAAAGU